UUUAGAGAGUCAGUAUCAGAUGCGAUGGAGAGAUUACUUCAGGCUUUUAGUCUUGUCGUUUUGCUUUCAUUAUUAAUCGUCUUAACGAGCUCUGAGGAUUUACAAGUCAGUCUAGCACCAGACGUCUUCCCCUACCACCAGCAGCUGGACAGCAACUAUGACCUCUACUGGAACUUCAACAGCACUCACAUCAUCUUCAGGACAGUGGUCAAGACGAAAGGCUUUACUGGAUUUGGAAUAUCCCCAAAUGGAUUUAUGACUGGAUCUGAUGUCAUCAUAGGAUGGGUGAAAGAUGGUCAAGCAUUCUUUAAGGACCGGCAUGCUCUGGGCAACUUCAUGCCAGUACUGGACGACCGUCAGGACUGGUCUCUGAUCAGUGCCACGGAGGUGGGGGAGUUCACCACGCUGGUGUUCAUCAGGAGUCUAUGGCUGUGUGGUCCAGACGAUAGGCCCAUAGUGCCCGGUACAACCCGAAUCAUCUUCAGCUACAACCCCAACGACCCAGUGGCCGAGAACAACAUCCAGUACCACGGCGCCAACAGACGGGGCACCAGGUCAAUCCCUCUCCUGGAGCCGCCUGCAAGUGUUCGGACUCUGAACCCGCUGCCAGAUGACGUCAUCACGGUCGAGUUUCUAGCCGGCAAUUUCCAAGUCCCGGCUACCGAAACCUACUUUAACUGUAAGAUCUUAAAACUUCCAGACUUGCAGAUGAAACAUCACAUGAUUCGGUACCAGCCAGUGAUCCAGGCCGGGAACGAGAACACGGUGCGGCAGAUGAUCCUGUACGCAUGCGCAGACCUGCAGGCACCAACCUACGAGGGCUACACCAGUGAGUGUCGUGCCAUAACCUCUGAACUCAGCCAGAGAUGUCUGGGUAUCUUCGCCUUCUGGGCGCCAGGGGCCAAGACCUUUGAGUUCCCUGAACACGUAGGGCGGUCUAUUGGAACUGAUGCUGUAUAUUUCAAGUUAGAGAUAAAAUACGCCAACACCCUUUUAAGAACAGAUAUUGUUGACAAUUCCGGGUUCCGCCUGUUCUUGACCUCGACUCUCAGAGAACAUGACGGUGGGAACCUGGGGCUCAGUCCCCUACACAGUGAGGUGACGCCAUACGAUGAUUGGUACACGCGCAUCCUCCCACCCAACACCCCGAGCUUCACGUCUAGGAUCUACUGCCACAGAUACUGUUUUAGGAAGUAUCUAGCAGGGACCAACAUUCACGUCUUCGCUUAUGGUCUGAGCACAAAUUCUCUUGGUAGAAAAAUAAGGAUCCGCCAUUUUAGAUACGGCGUGGAGUUGCCUCCCAUUGUUGAUGACAAGUUUUAUGAUUUCAAUAAUCAAGAGGUCAGAGUGCUGCCAAGGGAGGUCACCAUAAAAAGUACUGAUUUCCUUAUCCUGGAGUGUGACUUCAGUUCUACCACCAAAAACAACAUUACGUUUGUUCAAGACUCCACUGGCAUUGAAAAAUGUACGGCGUUCCUCGAGUAUUAUCCUCGGGUGGGCCUGGUAGCCUGCACUAAUAGCCCCGUGUUUAUACGCGACAGAUCCCUGGGCCUGUACAGCUGGCUGGACUAUGGGUCCACACUCAACUGGACAGACCCUAACGCGGGGGUGGCGCUGCAGACCAAGGUGGACGACACUAGGGUGGCUAGUGCUUGUCUAUGGGAGAAAACUCCGUACUGGAUCAAGUGUGAAAGGCAGAAGUUGAACAAGACAGAAAGCCUCUCAGAGAUUUCGAGGGUCGUUGGCCUGAACCCAUUAACGACUUCGGAGAUAUUUAAAGGCACACUUUGCUACUGCUUUCAAAAUUUUCUCUCAGUUCAUUUCUUGACGCUUGUCACGACAGAUCUGGCAAUGAACUACUGUGCGGUACUAACACUCCUUACACUGACGUCAUGUGCAGGGUUGUCCCUACCCCCAGCACCCCCUGUUGACGGUCAACUGUCCGCUGAUAAACUGACCUACCAUGUGGAACUGGACCCCAACUAUAACCUCUUCUGGAACUUUAAUUCCUCGCACAUUAUGUUUAAGACAGUGGUCAAGACAAAUGGCUACAUAGGGUUCGGUAUUUCAUCCAAUGGCGCCAUGACAGGCGCUGACGUUGUGAUUGGAUGGGUCAAGGACGGUCAGCCUCAUUUUGCUGAUCGACACGCCGAAGGAAACUUCUUGCCUGCUAUUGAUGCCAUCCAGGACUGGAGUCUGGUCUCAGCUGCUGAAUCUGGGGAAUACACAACCUUGAUCUUUGUCAGGAAACUCGUCACCUGUGACCCUGAUGACCUGCCCAUCACUAACGGAACGACCCGGGUUAUUUUUAGCUACAACCCGAACGACCCAGCCUCCGAUACCACGGUCAUGUACCACGGGUCAUCCAGACGAGGCGUCAAGUCCAUUUUGAUGCUGGACCCUCCUUCAAGCGAGACUAACCUGAAACCACUGCCCGAUGACGUCAUCACCAUCGACUUCAUGAACGUCAAUUUUACCGUACCUGCGACAGACACCUAUUACAGGUGUACCAUGUGGAAGCUACAGGACUUGGGACAGAAGCAUCACAUGAUCAGGUACGAUCCAGUGAUCGAGCCCGGCCACGAGCAGCUGGUCCACCACAUCCUGUUGUACUACUGCCCCGGGGGGUUCGACGACAAGUUCCUGGGUACGUCAUUCAGGUGUUAUGACGACACACCUGCGGAGCUGGCCGAGUGUGAGCAUGUGUUUAUUUCCUGGGCCAUCGGUGGACAGGUGUUCAACUACCCUGAUGUCGUUGGACAUUCUCUGGGAGCGACCAACGAUCCCUUGUAUUUUAGAAUGGAAACCCAUUACAAUAACCCUGACCUCAGAACGGAUUUUGUCGACAAUUCCGGAAUCCGAAUGUAUCUGACGAAGCAACUGAGACAGUACGACGCAGGGAUGAUUGAGGCAGGGGUCGCCGUGAACCCCUUCCAUGUGAUCCCUCCCUACGAGAAAAGUUUCCUUUCAGCAGGUUACUGUAGUCCCGAGUGUAUAGAAGAGUCUCUGGGUGACACUGAGAUUCGCGUGUUCGCGAACUUCCUGCACGCCCACCUCCUUGGCCGGAAGCUGCGCACACGCCACGUCCGUAAUGGAGUCGAGUUGCCUCCCUUAAUGGAAGACAACAACUACGAUUUCAACUACCAAGAAACAAGGAUGCUGAAAGAAGAACGAGUAAUCAAAAAGGGAGAUACGCUGAUCGUGGAGUGUGACUACGACUCAACAGGGAGGACUGGAAUUACCUAUGGAGGUCUGAAGACGACCUACGAGAUGUGUCUGUCCUUCCUACUGUACUACCCCCGGGCUCCACUCACUCGAUGUCUGACCAGGAUAGACUACAUCUCCCCCUUCACUGAGCAGGCGUUCUUUGGGGUGGUCAACACGCUAGACUGGACAAACUCCACCAUUAGGGACGGAUUUAAACAAGUUAUUGACGCCUCCGAUCUAUACGACAUCUGCUGGGUCGAUAGCAAAACACAACAGAGCCUGUUCAAGAGAACAAGACCAACCAUUACUCAGACCUAUCAACCCACUAACCAAUGCGGGAACUAAUCCAAUGUAGUCGAAACUCUUGAAGUGACUGAACUUUAAUAAUCUCAAAAAUAAAAACUAAGAUUGAAACAAA